GAACCUGAUAAUCCAUCCCCUUCUUAUAAUCAAUCUUCUUCUUCUUCUUCAUCAUCAUCAAGCUCUUCCUCCUGAUCGUCAAUGGCGUUAGCUUCUGUUAGUUCCUCCAAUUUCAUCAAUCAUACAUUCCAUGAACAACUUGAAGAUUCUCGAUUCAUUCAUCAAUCACCGUCUAUAAGUUAUUCCCGGCGAAGAAGCUCGGUGGAGCCGUUGAGAUCUCAAAAGCGUAAUGAUUCGAUUGUUCCUCUCGCCGCAACCAUGGUUGCUCCAGUGGUGUUGGAGAAAGUAUUGAGAAACGAUGUUGAAGAUUGUGAUAAAUUGGCUAUGGAAUUGAACAAUUCUUCACCACUUCAAAUCAUGGAUAAAGCCCUAGAGAAAUUCGGUAACGACAUUGCGAUUGCUUUCAGUGGUGCUGAGGAUGUGGCUUUGAUCGAGUAUGCACGUUUAACCGGUCGUAAGUUUAGGGUAUUUAGUCUCGAUACUGGACGAUUGAAUUCAGAAACAUACAAAUUCUUUGAUUUAGUUGAGAAUCAUUACGGAAUUCGAAUAGAAUACAUGUUUCCUGAUGCAAUUGAAGUUCAGGCUUUAGUAAGAAGCAAAGGACUAUUCUCGUUUUACGAAGAUGGUCAUCAAGAAUGUUGUCGUGUGAGGAAAGUGAGACCUCUUAGAAGGGCAUUGAGUGGUUUACGAGCUUGGAUUACGGGUCAAAGGAAAGACCAAUCUCCGGGGACUAGGUCUGAGGUUCCUGUGGUUCAAGUUGAUCCUUCGUUUGAAGGAAUUGAGGGUGGGAUUGGUAGCUUAGUGAAGUGGAAUCCAUUGGCUAAUGUUGAUGGACUGGAAGUUUGGAACUUCCUUCGAGCCAUGAAUGUGCCGGUCAAUGGAUUGCAUCUUAAAGGGUAUGUUUCGAUUGGUUGCGAGCCUUGCACUAGGCCGGUUUUGCCUGGGCAACACGAGAGAGAAGGAAGGUGGUGGUGGGAGGAUGCUAAGGCGAAGGAGUGCGGUUUACAUAAAGGAAAUGUCAAGGAAGAAGUGAAUGGUAACGCGAAUCUUGAUGUGAGAACGACGAAGGAUUCAGACCUUUUUGAUUCGUCGAAGAAUGUGGUGAAUUUAAGUAGAAGUGGGAUGGAGAAUUUGUUGAAACUCGGCGAGAGGAAAGAGGCGUGGAUUGUUGUUCUUUAUGCACCUUGGUGCCGGUUUUGUCAGGCAAUGGAAGAGUCAUAUGUGGAGUUGGCGGAAAAGGCGAAUAAGGAGGGUUUGAAAGUGGGGAAGUUUAGGGCAGACGGAGAACAAAAAGGGUUCGCGCAGGAGGAGUUGCAGUUAGGAAGCUUUCCGACAAUACUUUUCUUUCCAAAACACUCGGCUCGGCCUAUAAAAUACUCCUCCGAGAAGAGGGAUGUCGAAUCUCUCAUGGCCUUCAUCAAUGCUCUCCAAUGAGAAGGAUUUAUUAGUUCUAUAGCCUUGAAGGAUUGAAGGAGUCUAGGUCUAGUUAAGAGGAAGAUGAAGAACAAAUUAUCAUAUACAAUCAAUCAAUGACCCUUCCUUUGUACAUCACUUUCUUUGGUUUGGUAAAAGAAGCGCGAGUAAAUUGAGAUUACAGUUGAUCUCUAUUUUGU